AGCAGCACAUUAUAAUACAGCAGUCAGUCAGGUUGCCCGCUGGCGCACCGUCGUCGUCGUGGCCAUGUAGUGUCCUACGUGUACUACGGUCGUUGCUUACCGACAAAAUAAACACAAAAACCUAAAGGCAAAAACCCCAGAAAACAGCAUCUCAAACGAAAGGCACACCGAUUGGAUAGGAUCGCCAACAAUGAACAAUUGGCGUUGCGGCUCGCUGCUGCUGCUGACGUGGACGACGCUGUUGCUCGGUCUGUUGCAAUCAGUCCACUGGACAGCAGCCGAAGAGUACAAAGGCAAACCGUUGGGCGGUCUCAACUCUUAUCAUCAUCAGGUGUCCGGUCAGGUGUACGCCGUCAACGAGUACACGCUUUUGCUGGAAGACUUCACUUUCGACGGCAGCGCCAACGACGCUUUCUUCUGGGCCGGAGCCUCGAGUCGACCCGGACCCCAAGGGUUCAUCUUGGCCAACGAAUAUGGAAGGACGGACGUGCUCAAGAGGUAUCUGGGAAAACAGUUGACGCUCACGUUGCCGGACAACAAAAAAUUGACGGACAUCAAAUGGUUUUCCAUCUACGACCUGUCCAAGAACAUCGCGUUCGGGGACGUGUACAUUCCAGAGGAUUUCGAACCGCCUCUUAAACAAGUGAUCGGUGCACUCACUUCAAAAUCACAUGGCGUCUCUUCGGGUCAGAUCGAAAUACUCGACUCCAAGACAAUCCGACUACCCAUGUUCUCCUACAACGGAGGCGGCAGAGACACGUACUUUAUCGUCGGAAAUGGACCGCAGCCGUCGGCCAAAGGCCAAAAAUUACCGGACGAAUUGGGAUAUUUGGACAACCUGAGGUCAUAUUCCAACGAGACUGUUACUCUGGAGAUAACCGGCGACAAGACCGUGUUCGACGUGGACUGGCUGAGCGUGUACGACAUGGAGACCAAAGAGAACUACGGUUGGGCUUUGAUACCGGACGAACCCAACGUACCGCCGUCGUUGCAGAAAGUCGUCGACAAAGUGGAAAACAUCAUGCAUUGCGUGCAGCUGCACAAAAACCUUCAGGUCAGCUGGCAAGUGUUCGGUCCUCAGAUUACCGUCAGACUUGCCGGACAAGUAGACGAAGGCGACUACAUGGCGUUCGGCUUCAGCGGAUCCGAAGACAAGGCGCAAAUGCUUGGAGCCGACCUUACCGUGGCCUACAUGGACGGAUUCCGGGGACAGGCCGUGGACUACAACGUCACUGCUAUUUCGCCGUGCGUCAAAGUGUUGGGCCAAUACAAGGGUGUGUGCCGAGACGUUUUGGUGGGCGGACUUGACGACAACCAGGUGCACACGGCCACCAGGGAGAACGGAAUCACCGUGAUCACGUACCGGAGAAACCUGCAGUCGUACGAUGCCGGCGACAAAGAGUUCAAGACGACCGGUGUGAACUCGAUGAUAUGGGCGAUAGGUCGCAUGAAUCACCUCAACGAGCCUUCGCUACACGACUACUACCCGAGGAGCGUCAAAAAACUGGACCUGGACCCCAAACCACCAGUGGAUACUUGCUACGCGUUUGCCGCCAAGAGUGAACCUGCCAAAAAGGACGUGUGGGAUCAGUCAAAGAUCAUUGACAGUAGCCUUCGCGCCGUAACCGCCACUCUAGGGCCGUCGGGUGGACGAAAAGGAUACCAAGGCCUAACGGGUAUGCCGUCGCCGGGUCUCGCUUGGUACAUCAACGGUCACCUCAUACCCGAGAUAUGGUUGAAACGGGGCAUCACGUACGCCGUCCAUGUGUACGGUGGUAACAAUGCACACAGCUCACAGUAUUACCAUCCGUUUGUGAUUACCGAUGAACCCAAUGGAGGCUUCGACGGUAUGCCGGAAUCUGCCCAGAAGCACACUAGGAUUCUUGCGGGCGUACAGUACACGUUAAGGCGGCAAGCCCGGCCAAUCGCUGCCGGUCCCCUGUGCCUUCGAGAGCGUCGGAUGUCAGACCAUCGUCUUGACGACAACUUCAUGACGUUCAAAGAGUUCAACCGAUCGUUGACGAUGAAAUGUGAACCGGGCGAACCGGCCAUUUUGGAAUUCAAACCAAACUCUUCGUGGCCGGACACCGUGUACUACCAUAGUUUCACCCAGAACAAUAUGGGUUGGAAACUUCACAUCGUCGACAAGUUUAACAUCGGAAUAAGUUCGGCCGGUGUGCUUCGACCGCUUUGGUACCACUCUUUAGGCAUGGCCGCCUUGCUCGUCUCGCUGUGUGUGAUAUUAUCUAGCUCAAACGUUUCCUAAUUCUGUUUGUAAUUGUUUUUUUAAUUUUUUAUAAUCAUUUCAAAAAUUAUUUCUGUAAAAAGUGUAAAUAUAUUUUCACAUUGUUAGCUUUUACACACGUAUGUAUACAUAAAAUUUUCAUCAGAACAUCGUGA